CGUUAUAACUUAAACUCAAACGACGCUCAAUUUAGGCUGGGUCUCUUGCAAAUUCGGAGGACGUAGGUCUCUCGGAUACGGCACCCUCGUAUGUUCGAUUCUGCAGCUGCUGACACCCGUUGCAGCGAACUGGGGAGCUUACACGAUGGUCGCUAUCAGAGUGCUUCAAGGUAUCAGUCAAGUGAGUAUCGCGCUGCAACGGAACAAACUGCUUCAUACGCUGUUUCAGGGACUAGCUUUCCCGUCUAUGCAAGCGUUGUGGAGUCAGUGGGCACCUACAAAGGAGAAAGCCAGGCUGGUCGGCUUUUCUUUCUCUGGUUGCUACUACGGCACAGCGAUGGCCAUUCCGUUCAGUACGUAUCUGGCCGAGUGGUUCGGAUGGGAGGCCAUAUUUUACUUCGCCGGAGGAUUGUCGAUGGUAUGGGCUUUCAUUUGGCUCUUCACUAUAUCCGAUUCUCCAUACGCAGAUUCGAGAAUCUCAGAACACGAACUCGAUUACAUAACUGAAGGAACGCAGGGCUGCGGCAGUAAACGGGAAGUACCUGAGGUUCCAUGGAUAAAGAUUCUGCUGUCAGUUCCAGUUUGGACCAUAGUCGUGUUGCACGUUACUCAGAACUGGGGUUUCUACACCAUGCUCACGUACUUGCCAAAGUUCAUGAACCAGUUCUUGCAGUUUCAGCUGAAGACGACAGGACUGCUGGGAGCCGUCCCGUAUUUGGCGAUGGGCUUAAUGCUGACGCUCGCCGGGACUUUGGCAGAUCUGCUAAAGUCGAAGACGAACAUCAGCCUCCUUAACCUGAGGAAACUUUAUGGAGCUGGAGGCUCGUUCCUGCAAGCGCUGUUCACCAUUCUUGCCAUACAGUGGAGCGACAGCAGCUGUGUCAUGACAUUCGUCUGUCUGAUCAUUGCCUUCGCCGCUUUCCCAUUUUCCGCCUACAGUGUCAACCAGUUGGACAUCGCAGCAACGUACGCCAGCGUCAUCAUGGGCUUGUCGAAUACGAUCGCAACGAUACCCGGAAUGGUCAGUCCGCCGAUCGUCGGCGCCAUCGUAAGAGACGGGACUCCUUGGGAAUGGAUGAUCGUGUUCUACAUAAUCGCUGGUUUCUACACUUUUGGCGGCGUCGUCUACCUACUACUGGCCAAAGCGGAUACUCAACGAUGGGCGAAGAAAUCUCAGAUCCACAAUGGCGACUAG